CGCGAGUGCGCGCGCGUACAAGUCGAACCGGUUAUUGGGCGCGUAGUUCCGCAGCGCGUCUAGAUAGGUCCGCGCGUACGUGGCAAACAUUAUUGCGUAGGACUUCGGCGACGAACGUUUUAUACAUUAUUUACGUGGCCGGAGGAGUUGUCCGUGCGUAAACGUUUCGCCAUGACGUGGUGGUCGGAUUCGAUUUUACAGGUCUCCGCGGCCGUCGCGGUCGCCCUGCUCCUGUGGUACAGGUAUCUGACGUGCACGUACGGCAAGUGGAAAGGGCUCGGCGUGCCCGGCCCCGAGCCCGAAGUGUUCUUCGGUAACUUCGCCGACAUAGUCAAGGGCCGUACUCCGUUGGUCGCGUUCGUGCACCAGCUAUACAACCGCUACCACGGCCGACGGUACUUCGGCGUGUACGGCGGCCGUGAGCCGUUGCUGAUCAUCCGCGAUCCCGGCAUCGUGCAUGACGUCAUGGUCAAGGACUUCAGUUCGUUCUACGACCGGACCGCCGACGACGUGUCGUUCAAGCACGACAAGCUGUUCAACCAUCUGUUCAACAUGCGGGGCGAACAGUGGAAAGCGCUCAGGUCCAAGCUGAGCCCGACUUUCACCACCACCAAGCUCAGGUCCAUGAUGGCCGACAUAAACGAUUGCAGCCGUCGGUUGAUCGACAAUCUUAACGAACAGAUCACCAAGAACAACGGAAUAGUCGAUGUGAGCGAAGUAUCGGCUCAGUUAACAACCGACACUAUAGGUCGGUGUGCCUUUGGACUUGACUGCAACUCAUUAGCAGACCCGAAUUCAGAAUUCCGGCGAGCUGGUCGAGACAUAUUUAAGACUACAUGGAAGAUAGUGAUAUUAGAUUUCAUCCGAACAAUUGGCUUAGGUAGACUAUUGGACUUAUUCAGAAUGAGAGGAUUGCCUGAUCACAUAUAUGACUUCUUCGAUAAUCUACUCGAGACAACAAUGAAACAACACGAAUCUGGAGAGAACUCCCGUAAUGAUUUUAUAUCGGUUUUAGUGAAAUUGAAAAACGAUGAGAAACAAAAUGAACAAAACAAAAAACUUUUCACCGAUGAUAUAUUAUCUGCAAAUACUUUCAUAUUCUUCGUUGCGGGUUAUGAAACUUCAGCUUCGACAAUAAGUUAUUGCUUAUAUGAAUUGGCUAAAAAUCAAGAAGUUCAAGAAAAGUUACGACAACAAAUCAUGGAAACACUAUAUGCCAACGAUGGAAAACUAUCUUACGAUAUAAUUAAGGAUAUGAAAUACAUGGAUAUGGUGAUAAAUGAAACAUUAAGAAUGCAUCCACCGGUUCCCGUAUUAAACCGAGUAUGUUCCAAGAAAUACACAAUAGCCGAUAGUAAUGUCACUUUUAACGUCGGCGAUAAGUUAAUGAUACCGAUAUAUGCAUUACAUCAUGAUCCUAACUAUUAUCCAGACCCAGAAGUAUUUGAUCCCGAACGAUUUACAGAUGAGAAUAAAAAUUCCAGGCCACUCGGUACAUUCAUUCCAUUCGGAGAUGGACCAAGGAUUUGUAUUGGUUUACGAUUUGCGAUGGUGGAAAUCAAAACGGGACUGUCAGAAAUGUUAUCUAAAUUUGAAGUAUCUACAUGUGACGAUACACCGAAUACGAUUAAAUUUAAACCAAGAUCUUUUUUACUCACACCAACUGAACCAAUUCGCUUAUCUUUUAAAAAAAUCGAAUAAUUGUAAUUUUAUUAUAACAUAUUUAUUAUAAAUUUAAAUCUUAGACUAAAUG